AUGGUAAUAAUUUUAAAUUCUAUCAACAAAUUAAAUUUACCAUUGAAACGUUCUUUUUUCGGAUGGUUAAUUCCAGUGUUUAAUAAUGUAUCAAAGAAAAAAAUCCAAGAGUUGGGACCCAAUGUAGCGUGUGCUGAAUGGCUGAUAAGAAAUGGUGCUGCUGUUAAAUGGAAAAAAAUUUCUAACAAUGAAAGUCGAAUUGAUGAUAAAUACUUAAAUAACUAUGAUAAUUUACCAAAAGUGUCCGGUGGAAUGGAAUAUGUUAUCUACGGUGUCGAUGCAACUGAUUCAGGAAUUAGUCAUGAAGGAUUCCCUCAUUUUGAUGGUUGUAAAUAUAUUGCCGAAAUGAAAUUGGUAAAUUGUCUUUAUGUCGGUAAUCAAGCACUCAAUUAUUUGAAUUUGUUGAAAAAUUCAUUGGAAUAUCUACAAAUUGAGAAUUGUGGAUUAAUAACUGAUGAAGGUCUCCAUUCUUUGACUGAACUAACAAAUUUGAAAACACUGAAGCUAAGAAAUUUACCAGCAAUUAAAGAUAAAAAUUUAAUACAAGACAAACUUUGUAAUGAAUUGAAAGGCUGUAAAGUUAUUUAUGAAUAA